AGUAAGACGCGAGAAGACGCAGCAGGAGCGCGAUACCGCAAACAACGGGCAGGCGCAGCAUGGAAGGAGGCCCCGGCCCCAAAGUGCGGGGCCCGCGAUGGGGUCGGAGCUUUUCUCUCAAUGAGGGGCGUACCCAUGCAAGAAGUUGACCACGGGCUGUCUCAAAUACUAUCUUUAGUAUAUGUCAGGGGUCGCUAAAAAAAUGGACGGCGGGCCGCAAAUGGCCCCCGGGCCGUAGUUUGGACACCCCCGGUUUACCGUCUUCCUCCCGGCAGGCCGAGACGGCCGAGCCUCACCUGUUGAAGUCCGGCACGGGGGCCCGCUAAGCGGCCAUGUCCCGGCCCGCCCCCCCCGUGUGGGGCUUGGCCCUCUGGGCCCUCCUGGCGGUUCUCUCGCCGGCGACGGCGGGGGAGCGGCCGAACGGCGGCGGUUCGCAGUGUGGAGAGUACACCAACCAGGUGACGGAGGACGGCACGUGCCGCCUGGCGGCCACGCUGCCCCAGCUGGACGAGCAGCGCUGCCCCGACAUGUUCCGCUGCUCGGACGAGGUUUCCUACUGGCUGCACCAGAACGAGGAGCGAAAGCAGCAGAUCGCCGCCCUGAAGGAGACCGUCUCGGAGCUGCAGGAGGAGCUGAGGAACCACCGGCACCGCAUCAAGGUCUUCGAGCUGCAGCAUGAGGACAGAAGCCACUUCAACGCCACCCUGGAGCGACGUUUCCACGAGAUGGAGGCGCACUACGCCGAGGCCACCAGCCUGCUGCACCUGCAGGGCACCCUCAUCCUCAACCUGCAGAACCAAUUUCACAACCUCAGCCAAUCAGUGGAGCGUGCGAAGAAGAGUCCCGGCUGUUUGAUCAACAUCGUCCGGCCCAACCCCCUCAUGAGCACCCAGCAGGCCUUGCACCCGGAGCGCCGUCACAUGAGGAACUGCCCCGUCGACUGCGCCUCCAUCUACUACAACGGCGUGAGGAGGUCGGGCGUCUACACUGUGGUGCCGUCGCUUGCGGGCGUGCCAGUGGAGGUCUACUGCAACAUGGACACUGACGGCGGCGGCUGGACGGUGAUCCAGAGGCGGGCGGACGGCUCCGUGAGCUUCGACCGCAGCUGGAGGGAAUACAGGGCCGGUUUCGGCGACCUCCACUCGGAGUUCUGGCUCGGCAACGACCACAUCCACGACCUGAGCGGCCAGGGAGACUACAGCCUGCGCGUAGACCUGGAGGACUGGAGCGACAAGCACAAGCACGCGCUUUAUCAGCACUUCAGUGUAGAAGAUGAGGAGCACCGGUACCGCCUCCACGUGUCGGGCUUCAGCGGCAGCGCGCAGGACUCGUUCGGCUGGUACCACGACAGGCGCGCCUUCAGCACGCCCGACAGCGGCGACAUCUGCGCCGAGAUCUCUCACGGCGGUUGGUGGUACGGCCAGUGCUUCUAUGCCAAUCUCAACGGCGUCUACUACAGGGUGACCGUCCAAGUAAGACCGCUCGAAUGCGAAUUGACGACGCGCGUUGAGCCGUGUUUGUGUCCCGCAGGGGGGCCACUACACGCCGAAAGGCAAAGGUCACCUGGGCCCGGACGGGAUCGUCUGGCACACGUGGAGGGACUCGGACUAUUACUCGCUACGCAAAGUCGCCAUGAUGAUCCGGCCGCGCAGCUUUCGAAACCCCCUGUCUCCCUGAGCAACUGUUACCAUGGCGACAACAGCUGGUCACAGAGAAACAAGUCAGGACUAACGCUUCACUCAUAGGACAUGAUUAUUAUUAUUAUUUUCAUGGUGACUGAAUUUCUUUUUGUACUUUAAUUUUUUUACCUUUAGAUGUUUUUAUUUUUGUUAUCAAAAAAUGAAAGAUAACAUUUAUUUUGUUUUAAUGAUAAUACAAGUGUUAUAAUAUUAAUGAGUACAUAACGGUAAAAAGAGCAGUAUGGAAAUAUAAUUGUAUAAAUAAUACAAUAAAAUCACAGGUGCAUUUCAAUAUAUUAGGGUUAGUUAAUUUAUUUCAGCAGUUCAAUUAAAAAAAAAAAGCUAAACUCACAUUAUACAGAUUGUCAUGUAAUGGUCAAAUUUCUUGAGGUGAUGGAUUCUAGCAGUAAGAUGUCAUCAAAAUAUUUUGCUGUGCAGUGACUAUAUAUAUAUAUAUAUAUAUAUAUAUAUAUACACACACACACACACACAUAUACAUACAGUACAUACACACUUUUUGAAAUGAAUCAUGUUUUCCAAAACAUUCAAAUGUAAGAUAUAUCUGUACAUAGUGGGCUGCACUCUUGGUUAAGUGUUUUUUUAUGUUGAUGAGCCCAUCAUGCGAGCUUACCUUUUAAAUGUUAAGCACUUAUUGCAUGAUUUAUUUAUUUCAUUUAAAUAGCCCUCUCUAAAUUCCUUUUUGUGUGUAGUAACUAAUGGGAGCUGUGAAUCUAUGAGAUAAAUCCUUAUUUAAAUAUAAAGGGUGUGCUUGUGUGGUCCAUGAUGGUAAAGGCUUGAAAAUAUCACACAAUAAACGAAGAACAAACAAAAACAAAAAAAACAUGACAAGAAAACGGAGCUGGCUACUUCAUUCGGUACACAUGCACAAUCUCAUGGGAUACAAAACAAGGACGACAAGGAUUUUGCCUUUACCAAAAUAAUGCUUGGUUUUGAUAGCGACGCUGUUUGACAGGAAUUACACCAACCUUAUUUGAAGACCCUGUAAAGUGAAUUCAGAAAAUUGUUUGCAAAUACAUUGGAGAUAUCACGUUUUUCAGAUUUUUUUGAGUGUGGCUAAAAGAGCCCCUCCCCCCUAAAUAAGAACUUGAAUUUCGUUCACAUCUGCAGUUGUCCAUGGCAACUGUGACCUGCAGUUAGCUAGCUAGCUAUGCCUACAUCCCAAAAAUGCAUCUUUCCUUCAGAUAGUCCGCUUGCGUUGCUGCUUUAGAGCGCCUCGUCGUCAUCCGUGAGAGCGUGUACGUCAUGAAGAGAAAGGCGGAAGAGCG